UCAGUGCACACCCCUUCAUGGCUUCGUAGGAGAAAAAUAAUAUUUUUUCUUCUUUCAGAAAAAUAUUGGUCCUUGUUGCCAGCCUCAUUUUUUGACCGAAUAGUUCAGUUGCUUAGCAAAGCUGUGAAAUCACAGCUAUCCCAUUACUAUGCCUACCCUGACUGCCAGGAAGUUAUUCCACUCCUUAGACUACUUAAAAAAUUGUACAAGGUAAACAAGAGGGCUAACUACAAGCUCCAGGUGAGCAACUUCUACAUAGAUGGAAUCCAACAAACAAUUAAUAUCUUGGACGACUUAAUAAGAUGGCGUGAACAGCCUAAUUACCCAAAUGCGGAAAAGUGUCCUGUUUCUCUUUGUUGCUUCCCUUUCGUCUACAAUCUGUUGACCAAGAUGAACAUAUUUGCCAUGCAUGCUGUUGCAGAGCAGGAUUUCAUAAAAAUUGGUGCCCAUCAAGAAAUUAUGCGGAACCGACAGCUGGGAAGCAGUGAACUCCCCCAACUGCCUGUUUUUCGUUUAAGGGUGAAACGAGAUAAUCUUAUCGAAGACACUUUGCACCAACUGACUCGUGUGGAGGACAUCUGUCUAAAGAAGCAAUUGUUUGUUGAAUUUAAAGGAGAGAUGGCUGAAUAUAGAACUGGACCUAUUCUUCUGGACUUCUUCUCUCAUUUGUUUGAGGAGAUGGUGCAUCCAGACUAUGGAAUGUUUAUGUACGCUCACGACAGUUCUCCAAUGUGGUUUCCUACCAGGACUUCAGUGGAGAAAAAUAAAUAUUUCCUUUUUGGGAUUCUCUGUGGUCUCUCCAUGUACAACAGAGUUAUUGCCUAUGUGCCUUUUCCACUUGCUGCCUUUAAAAAACUGCUUGACAAGAACCCCUCCCUUGAUGACUUAAAAGAAUUGGACCCUGUCCUUGGGAGGAGUUUACAAAACGUCCUUGACUAUGAACAUGAUGACAUUGAAGAAAAUCUUCAGUUGUAUUUCUCUAUAUACUGGGACAGAGUGAAGGUGGACCUAAUUCCAAAUGGCAGUAACAUUGCUGUGAACAAUAGAAACAAGAAGGAUUUUGUCAGCAAGUAUGUGGAUUACAUUUUCAACAAAUCUGUGAAUGAAGUUUUUGGAGAAUUCAAGAGAGGAUUUUACAAAGUCCUUGACAGUAAGAUAGUUGGCCUUUUUGAAGCUCAAGAGUUGAUGGAAGCCGUAUGUGGAAAUGCCAAUUACGACUGGGACUUGUACGAAAAGAAUGCUAUAUAUUGGGGGAUAUACAGCCCAGCACACCCUACCAUAAAAAUGUUCUGGAAGGUUUUUCAUGAACUGCCUUUGGCUGAGAAAAAAGGUUUCUUGUUAUUUGUUGUAGGAACUGACCGGGUCCCUGUGAUGGGGAUGGAUUUCUUGAAGAUAACAAUUCACUCUCAUCACUCCCUUUCAGAAGAUCACAUCCCCGAAUCCCAGAUCUGUUUUCAUCUUCUACUGCUGCCACCUUAUUCAACAAUUGAGAAGCUCAAGGAAAAACUGCUCCAGGCUAUUGAGUUCAAUCGGGGCUUUGGCAAAUAGUAAAAUGACAACAUCUGAAAUAGAGAUUUGGCAAUACAAGAUUAGUAACUUGGAUUUGUAUCUUUAUUUUACCCUCAAAUGUGAAGGGAAUUUGUUCUUAGCAAGAAGCUGUUCAGUGGUCUCUUCAUGUGAUGCUAUGAAAAUCUUUCUUUUUUUUUUCUUGUUAGGGGAAAUUUAGAAUGGGAUGAACAAGGUAUAUUUCCUCUCGCAGUGAUGUUGAAUUACACCUGCCAAUAUUCCUCAGAACUGGUUAAACUGGCUGGGGGUAAUGGGAACUGCAGUCCAAGAUCAUCUAGAGGGCUGCACUUUAUCUAUAACUUCCUUUGAAGCUACUAGUGGUAGCCUAUUUUGAUAAAAAGAGAAAACACUAACAUUCUCACUUUAAUCCAUUAGGCACAUCCAUGUUGGUCAUUUACCUCCAGAACUGAAACCCUUCAUGCACCCAGUUAUUUCUGAGAAUCCAUUUUUCUUUCCAAAUGGCUGUUUCCAUUUGAAUAUAAUUUUAUUGUGACUUUCAAAGGUUCCAUUGCAGCAGCAGUACAGAGCUCUCCAGGGUGAACAGACAUGAUAUCUGAACUUUUUAAUGUUAAAAUUUUAAUGUUAAGCUUUAAAUGUGAAUACAGACUACAGAUCAUUAGAAUUUCUCUAGAAAAAUAACAAAAUCUUUAUCUAUCUAUCUGUAUCUCAAACUGACAAGAUAUUAUGCCAGAAUAAGAUAAUUGAAACUGUUCUGUUUUUAAUACUUAAGAUCAAAUUCCAGGUAAACAUAUUUUCAACUUACUACAGUGUUUGCUGUCUUUCCCUUCCCAAAAGCACACUUGAGUUUGCUUGUGCAUUAGCAACAUACUCUUGCACAAAUGGUUUCAAAUGACUGAUCACCUUGGGAAAUUCCAUUUACAAGCCAAUGUGAGGUUGGUGAUAUUUUGGAGGGAGGCAAAAUUGAGAGUUGUAGAUUGUUUGUUUUUUAACAUUGUUAAGCUUUUGUUUAGAGCUGUUCCACAGUCUGAGAGCAGCCCCUCUCAUGUCCUCACCAAAAAACACCUUAGAGAAGUGGGGAGAGGGGAAACAACAAAACCUUCCCCUCCAGAUUUUAAAGCUUGAGCUGGCUUGUAUUUAUUAAAAAUAAAUGCAUCAUUAUUCAAUAGUUUCAACAAA